UGCAGUUCGAUACAGUUGUGAGCUCGAACAAUAAUAUCGUUUUAUUUAAACAAAAUUCGAAAUGUUGUACAGUAAAUAUCAUAUGCAAUGAAUUCGGUGCCAGCAAUAUAUUUUAGCUUUCUUGGUGAGUAGUUAGAUACUUCCGUUAACAGAGCAACAGUUUCUAAAGUGGUCACAUGUCCCUCAAUAAAGAUGUGGGCCAGCAGUCAAUGCUGAAUUAGGCUAACAGGCCAGAGCUUAGACGGAGUUAGCAUGAUGUUAAAAUGGCACCAGACUGACGUGAGGCUGGGUAAGACCCAUCUGCUUCCCUCUGCUCUACAGCCACGACUAAAUGGAUUAUCGUGGGGCACAGUGUGCUAGUUUUGAUGUGACAUUUCAGAGUCAAUGGAGUGGUGACGCUGAAAUCUGACAGAUAUCCAUUCAUCCUGCUGUUGGCUGUCUGCUGGUCCAACUGCUAAUUUAAUUGCAGCACAGCAGCCAUGGUCCUGGAGGAGAACGAGACUGACUCUAUCUUUGAGCCACAAAUCACUGAUGAGUUUGUGGAGACGCUGUAUGGAAAUGUCCACUGCAUCCUGAAUGGGACUCCAAAGGCAAACCGGCCGGUCAUUUUGACCUUCCACGAUGUUGGACUAAACCAUAAGACCUGCUUUGAGACUCUGUUCAACCAUGAGGACAUGUAUGAAAUCGUCAGACAUCUACCUGUCUGCCAUGUUGAAGCACCAGGACAAAAUGAGGCAGCCAAAACUCUGCCAACAGCCUACGUGUACCCCACCAUGGACCAGCUGUCUGAAACACUUCCUGCUGUCAUCAAACAUUUUGGAUUCCGUAAUGUCAUUGGAGUUGGAGUUGGAGUCGGAGCCUACAUCAUGGCGAAAUUUGCUCUAAACCACCCUGACCUGGUCGAUGGAUUAGUACUGCUCAACAUCAACCCCAAUGCUGAGGGACUGAUGGACUCUGUUGCAAAUAAGAUUACUGAAUGGACCCAUACUCUCCCAGACACAAUCAUCUCACAUUUGUUUGGAAAGGAGGAAAUCCAGACCAACCUCGAUCUCAUAGCUACGUACCGUCAUCACAUCACAACAACCAUGAACCAGUCGAACGUCAGCCAAUUCCUGCGCUCCUACAAAAACCGUAUUGCUCUGGAGAUGGAGAGGCCUGUUCCUGGGGUCAACAUCAAUGUCAGGACACUCAAAUGCCCCACUCUACUGAUUGUGGGAGACAAUUCUCCAGUUGUGGAGGCUGUGGUCGACUGCAACUCUAAACUUAACCCCACCAAAACCACACUGCUCAAGAUGGCAGACUGUGGAGGUCUUCCUCAGGUGGAUCAGCCUGCUAAAGUGACUGAAGCCUUCAAAUAUUUCAUUCAGGGCAUGGGAUAUUUGUCCAGUGCCAGUAUGACCAGACUUCGUUCGAGGACAGCAUCCAGCUCCAGCAUCUCAUCCUUUGAAGGGUCGAGGAGCCGCGCACACACCAAUGAGAAACGUGGGCGCUCACACACGGAUGUCUCAAUAGACAGCAUUUCCAAUAAUAAUAUGGCUCAGAGCAUCUCCAAGUCCACUGAAAUGGCAUGCUAGAGCGCACUUUACUCAAAGUCAGAUGCACUUAGAUUAAAUUAUAGCUCAUAUCCACUACAUUCUAUUCUACACUCUAUUUUUAUUCCCUAUUCAUAGCAUCUACCUUUGUAACCCUGCAUAUUUCCCCCCGUCUUUGUCUUACUCAUAUCAUAUAUUUGUUCUCCUGAUAAAAAUCUCUCUCCCAUGUCAUUAAUAUCUAUAUGAAUCUGUUCAAUUAUACACAUUGCAUGUGCAAAACAUUAAAAUAAAAUGUACUAUUUAAAAAACGAAAAUGUAAAUAUACUGCUUAGACAUGUAUUGAUAUAAUAUUGAUUUAAUAUUUUUAUAUAGUUAUAUAAAGAUAAUCGGAUCUAAAACUAAAUAUACUGAAGUAGCUAUAGUUUAUGUACAAACUAGAAAUACUGUACCUUUCAGAUCGCUAUAUAGUACUUCUGCAAUUUCAUCCCUAGAGGUCGCCCUUUACCUUUUGCAACCAGAUCUGUUGGAACAGUUUACCGUCAUGCUGCACAGAAUUAUAUCUUUGUUUUUAAAUCGAAGGACGUAAGGAAUUGUUAAAUUCACAAAUAAAUAACAGCAUUAUUAUAAAAUGA